UAUACCUUUCAAAGAUGAACAUGAACAUAGAACCUUUGACCAAGCGUUGAAAUGAGCAAGAUUAAAUUUUUAUUUAUAUCAUAGCAAAUUAUAUUAUAAAGCAACUUGGUCAAUUAUCGUGUGUCAUGUUAUCAUCCAUUAACCUCAUAGUUACCUUAAUUUCUAUUAUCUGUAUAAUUAAUUGUGUUAUUUGUAACCAAGUUUUCACCAACUCCUUUUAUGUGCACCUCAAUGGACCAUAUGGAUCAGAUGUUGCCCAUCGUAUAGCUCAGAAACAUGGGUUCAUCAAUUUAGGACCUCUUCUCAAUUCUCCUGAUGAGUUUCAUUUUCUUCAUCGGGCAUUACCACAUUCCAGAACAAAAAGAAGUAUAUCUCAUACCAGGAAGCUUAAAAAUGAUCCGCAGGUAGAUUUUGCGGUCCAGCAAUCUGGAUUUAAACGAGUUAAACGUGGUUAUCGCCAACUUAUUCUGGGUCCAGAACACCUUUCACUUAAUCAGGAGCCAUCUGAUCCUUACUUUCCUUACCAAUGGUAUCUGAAAAAUGUCGGCCAAAAUGGGGGCAAACCGAAAUUGGACUUAAAUGUGGAGGCAGCCUGGGCCCAAGGGUAUACAGGGAAAAAUGUAACAACCGCCAUUAUGGAUGAUGGAGUCGAUUACAUGCAUCCAGAUCUCCGUGAAAACUAUAAUGCCAAAGCCAGUUAUGAUUUCAGCAGCAAUGAUCCAUACCCUUACCCACGUUACACUGAUGAUUGGUUCAACAGCCAUGGUACUCGUUGUGCUGGUGAAGUUUCUGCUAAACGUGAUAAUGGAAUCUGUGGUGUUGGUGUUGCCUAUGAUUCAAAGGUGGCUGGCAUACGAAUGUUGGAUCAACCUUAUAUGACUGAUUUAAUUGAGGCCAAUUCGAUGGGCCAUGAACCUGAUCUCAUUGAUAUUUAUAGUGCUAGUUGGGGUCCUACUGAUGAUGGUAAAACUGUGGAUGGACCUAGAAAUGCAACCAUGAGAGCAAUUGUCAGAGGCGUUAAUGAGGGGAGAAAAGGUUUAGGUAAUAUUUACGUUUGGGCAUCAGGUGAUGGUGGUCAAGAUGAUGAUUGUAAUUGUGAUGGUUAUGCGGCUUCGAUGUGGACUAUAUCAAUUAACUCUGCGAUCAACAAUGGAGAGAAUGCUCACUAUGACGAAUCUUGUUCAUCAACACUAGCAUCAACAUUUAGUAAUGGAGCUAAAGAUCCUCAUACUGGAGUUGCAACAACUGAUUUAUAUGGUAAAUGCACAAAAACACACUCAGGGACUUCAGCAGCAGCUCCUGAGGCAGCAGGAGUAUUCGCCUUGGCUCUAGAGGCUAAUCCUAAUCUUACAUGGAGAGAUAUUCAACAUUUAACAGUUUUAACAUCUAAACGAAACUCAUUGUAUGAUAGUAAAAAUCGUUUUCAUUGGAAUAUGAAUGGAGUGGGACUUGAAUUCAAUCAUCUUUUUGGUUUUGGUGUUUUGGAUGCUGGUGCUAUGGUUGCCUUGGCUAGUAUCUGGAAAACUGUUCCACCUCGUUACCACUGUGAAGCUGGUUCUAUACAGAAAACUAUUCCGAUUCCCAGCAAUGAAAGUCUUUUCCUCCAUAUUGAUACCAGUUCUUGUGCUGGAAAAGAUUCAGAAGUUAAUUACAUCGAACAUAUUCAAGCUGUUAUAACAUUAAAUUCAACUCGCCGUGGAGAUGUUACCCUGUUUCUUAUAUCUCCUAUGGGCACAAGAUCAAUGAUUUUGAGUCGACGUCCAAAGGAUGAUGAUUCUCGUGAUGGUUUUACCAAAUGGCCAUUCAUGACAACACACACUUGGAGUGAAAAUCCUCGAGGUCGUUGGACAUUGGAGAUUAAGUUUGAUGGAGACAAACCACAAAAGGGUUUCUUCAAGGAAUGGACUUUAAUGGUCCAUGGAGCCAAAGAGCCACCUUACAAAGAUUUACCCGUUUUGGACAAAAAUUCAAAGCUGGCCAUCGUUAAAAAGGCUCAUGAACUGGCUUUUACCCAUUAAACAACAAAAUUCCUUUUUUCUUUCUCAUCAAGAAUCGCUGAACAAAAUGAUAAAUAUAUAAGAAUGUAUAUUUCUAUGUGAAAAGAUAUCAAGAAACCCUGAAAGGCAAAAGAACCAAGGAAAAAGUUAAUCAAUCACAGAGAAUAAUAUAAAUUUUGAGUAUCGAUGAAAACAAAUGUGAAAACUGUCAAAAUCAAGUCCAGUAACAAUCAAGAGUGAGAUAAUUUGAUCUUCCCCUUUUGUUUUUGCUUUUGUUUUAUUCAAGGGAAAAUCUUAUAACCCAUUUAUGACGUUUAAAGUGUAAACAGCAAAACAUGAAAUUCAGCUCCUACUCCUCCUGAUUUCCGAAACAUUCCGUUAUUUUUCAACCUUCUGAUGUUCAUCAUCAUUCACUUUUCACUUUUAUUCUUAAGAAACAAAAGACGAAACAAUUACAUAUUUGAUAAUCAAGAAGGAGACGGAAAGGAGACUCAAAGUGAUAACUGAGAGAAAUGGCGAAAAGAAUGGAAAAUUCAUUGCAAUCAACAAGUCUCCUAAUUUCAAGUCAAAGCCUAUUCUAACAUUCUGACUCUCAAUUAUAUUAAUUAUCUUAAUAUUAUUAUUAUGAUGAUGAUUAUUACUAUUAAUUUGUUAUUUACCGUUAAUUAUGUUCCACAGAAACAAAGAAAAAAAUAUAUAAAUGGCGUUCAUGUUGAUAUUUUUCUUUCUCCGAUCUAGUCUUUUGAUUAAAAAUUAUUUCAAAACGAGA